GCGCCGGGGGACGCGGAUGGGUUUCUCUCUUUCUCUCUCUCCAAUUCGCCACCAAGUCAAGCGCCUCAGACAACCGAGUCAGCUCAGUUCACCCCUUCAAUUCCGGCAACACUUCCACUCAGACAAUUCGUCAUACACAAUCUACCUCCCUUUCAAUUCCACACGGCAGACUGAGUUUCACAACCUUCCGGUCGCUCUAACGAUCUCGACUCUUCGCCUAUUUUCAUAAGAUGUCGAGGAUGUACGGUGGAGGAGGUAGCCGCGGCGGCAGCGGCGGCGGAUUCAACCAGAAGAUUGAUUACGUGCUCAAGGUGGUUCUGAUCGGAGACUCAGCCGUCGGCAAGUCGCAGCUCUUGGCGCGCUUUGCCAGGAACGACUUCAGCGUCGACUCCAAGUCCACCAUCGGAGUUGAGUUCCAGACUCGGACUGUAGUCAUCGAUCAGAAGAGCGUCAAGGCUCAGAUUUGGGACACCGCCGGCCAAGAAAGGUACCGAGCAGUGACGAGUGCAUACUACAGGGGUGCACUGGGAGCAAUGUUGGUCUAUGAUAUUACCAAACGUCAAACAUUCGAACAUGUGGUGAGGUGGUUGGAAGAACUGCGAGAUCAUGCUGACAAGAACCUUGUGGUCAUACUCGUAGGUAACAAGACAGACCUUGAGAGUGAUAGAGAAGUAUCCACAGAGGCUGCCAAGGAGUAUGCCGAGAAGGAGAACCUGUUCUUCAUUGAAACUUCUGCACUUGACUCGACUAAUGUUGAGACGGCUUUCCUCGACCUUCUGACUGAGAUUUAUCGUGUUGUCAGCAAAAACUCUCUUGUCACCAAUGAAGAGGACACGGGAGAAUCUGCUGGCAGUUCAGCACUUCUCAAGGGAACUCAAAUUGUUGUUCCUGGACAAGACGAACCUGUGUCAGCUGGGAGCUCAUCUGGGUGCUGUAGAUCUUCUUAGCAGGACUGGUUCUUGGCAGAAAUGGUUCAAGAUAAUUUGUAUAAUCAUGAAGAUUCAAGCAAUUUGUGGCAUCUUCUGCUGUGUGAGGUACCCGCUAAGCCAUUUUAGUCUAUCCAUAUGUAGAUUUCUCUGUUUGGGCUUUUAGACACUUUGAGGCCUUGAAGAUGGUACGUUCGCAUGAAGAUGUGAACAUUAUUAUCUGGAACUUUUUUUCUUGCUAGGAGGAGUUCCAUACUUGCUCACAAAGAGUGCGCACUUUUAUUAACACACAAUUCAAUAAAGCAGUACUAUAAUCCAUUUUACCUGGCAUUGGUCAAACUACAUUUUCUUCCUGAACUUAAAGUUGUAAUGAUUCGUUAUAAAUAAAUAGUCAUCUUACUAUCCGUUUAAUAGAACGUCUGAUGUAUUUUUGCUAAAUGUUACGAAGUAGUUUUCUUUGAUGUACUUUAUAAAUAUUUCCAAUAGGUCAAUAAAUCGUGGGAUAAGUU